CCGUGCGUAAAGCUCCUCCACACCAGACGGACACCGCACAGGUUCAGCAUCACUUCUCUGAAGACACUUAGUUGAAGACAAAAUCUCUUUACGUUUUUGGCAGGAAACAUUUAACGAUUCCGUUCAGCUAUUGUUAUUUUUUUUUUUUUUCGUUGUUCUUACUUCUCGGUGAGUGUUUUUUUAUGCUCUCACUUGAGCUUUUCCCCCUGUAACAGUCUGUGCAGAUGCUUCGCAAAGCCUCGAUUCAUUUCUGAAAAGUGAACAAUGUGAGAAGCUAAUGAAGGAUUUUGAAGGAAAUCACUGUGGAUGCUCUUGGAUUUAACAGCUGCUGCGUGUCAAAACAAAGAUACAGUCAAACUUAUGGCGUGAAGGGCCCUCUCCUGGCCUUUUGACACUCACAGCUAAUGGAUGUCUUUACCCAGUAUGCCUACAACAACAGUUUCUUCGACAAUGGAGCAUUCAACGGAACCGAUCAGGGGCAGAAGUACCCGUACAACUACUACGCUAUGCUGCUCUGCCUGCUCAUCUUUGUCAUUGUCUUCGGUAACGUGCUGGUGUGCAUGGCUGUGUCCAGGGAGAAGGCUCUCCAGACCACUACCAACUACCUGAUUGUCAGUUUGGCUGUCGCCGACCUCCUGGUGGCCACCCUGGUCAUGCCCUGGGUCGUCUAUUUAGAGGUAGUGGGAGAAUGGCGCUUCACCGCAAUCCACUGUGAUAUCUUUGUCACAUGUGAUGUGAUGAUGUGCACGGCCAGCAUCCUCAAUCUCUGUGCCAUCAGCAUUGAUCGCUACACAGCAGUUAAAAUGCCGAUGUUGUACAACACCCGCUACAGCUCCAAGAAACGAGUCACAGUUAUGAUCUCAGUGGUGUGGGUGCUGUCGUUCGCUGUAUCGUGCCCCCUGUUGUUUGGUCUAAAUAACACAGCCACUCGAGACGACACCAUCUGUGUGAUCAACAACCCAGAUUUUGUGAUGUAUUCCUCCAUCGUGUCCUUCUACGUCCCCUUCAUCAUCACUCUGCUGGUUUACGUGCAAAUCUAUGUGGUCCUGAGGAAGCGCAGAAAAAAGGUUAACCACAAACCUAAAAAACGUGUCAUUCAGGCUGCUGAGCCUGAUGUGGCCACUUCUCUGAAGGAUAAGUGCACUCAUCCAGAAGAUGUGAAGUUGAGUACCGUGGCUGUCAAAUCUAAUGGAAAUUUACCUGCCAAUAAGAAGAAAGUGAUUUUCAUCAAAGAUGGAGUCCAGGAGAGUGAAGACGUCGAGCUGGAUGAGCUAAACAACAGCACCUGCAGCCAGAGUCAGAAGCAGCAGUCUCAGAGCGCUCUCGGAGACACUCCAGCCACGAGCCACCAGCAUCUGAUGCCCAACAAGGCCAACACCAGUCCCACCUCUACUCCUCCCACUCCGCCCGAGGACAGCCAGAAAGCAGAAAAAAAUGGAGAUCCUACCAAGGAGGCUGUGAAAGAUCCCGCACCUGUUGCGUCAAAGGCAUUUCAGACGCAGGCUUUACCUAAUGGCAAGACUCAGACGUCUGUGAGGACCAUGAGCAAGAGGAAGCUCUCCCAGCAGAAGGAAAAAAAGGCCACCCAGAUGUUAGCCAUUGUCCUCGGUGUUUUCAUCAUUUGCUGGCUGCCAUUCUUCCUUACCCACAUCCUGAACACCCACUGCACUACAUGCAAGGUUCCCACUGAGUUAUAUAGCGUUUUCACAUGGCUGGGCUACGUGAACAGCGCCGUAAAUCCAAUCAUCUACACCACAUUCAACAUUGAAUUCAGAAAGGCUUUCAUUAAGAUCUUGCACUGCUAAACUGCAUCAUCACAUGUCUGAUUGGACUGAGGCAGAGGUGAAAAUAAAAGAAUCUCUUCUGGCAAAUACCUCAUUCUGUAAAAGGGGGGGAUGCACCACAGGCGGGAACAGCUUUUUAAAGCUAAGAAGAAACUCUAAGAAGGAAGUUAUGGCUCUCAAUGUGAACCGUUUGUGGAGUAACUGUUCUCCAAUUGUUGAAUGUAAAACGAGAAAUGUCUGUAAUUAUGAGUGUCAUGAAGAAAAGAGAUAUUGUAAUAUUGUUCUAUAGAAUCAUUGUUCUUGUCAUGUAUAAGAGCCAUCUGUGUAUAAAAAACACUUUCACAUGGCUUUUUAUUGUAUGUGUACCUUAUGCUUCAAUAAUGUAUAUUUUGUUGCAAAUCUUAGAGAUAUAAAGUCAGUGUUCAAUGCAGUGUUAAAACUGAUAUGUGAGCUCUUAUUCUGAAAAACCUACCUAAAAGUGUAUAUUAAAGAAAAAAUUAUGUAUAAUGGGGCCAUGUCAAUACACACAUAUUUGCAAUUUUAUAAAUUGAAAAGAUUACUAUUAUUAUUGCUAUUAUUAUAAAUAUAAUUAUUAUUAUUUGCUGUACAUAGAUUUUCUUCAUAAAGUAACUGUGAUUAUAUGCCUGCAAUAGAAAUGUGAUGCAUGCUACACCUCUCCUCUUCCUGAUUUCUCAUAAAUUGUAUGUUUAGCAAAAAAAUGUAUAAAGAUGUCUAAUAAAGAAAUUAAUGGCA